AUGGGGACCCCUCAGAGAAUCAAAGUCGGGACUGAAACUCCACUCACGGGUGUUUUCGAGCUCCGGCCUUUCAAUAUUGACAAUGCAUCCGAAGUAUCUCAGCUUCUGCAAAGAAACCAUGACAACUAUCAUAUCUACAUCCAUAACCUAGGGCUCCAUACACUCUAUGCACUUGGCGCGACGCUGGAACAACUCAAUCAAGCAUUCGAUUUAGCUACUGGGUCACAACGGCCCACCCGUCCACCGGAUGCCCGCCGAGUCUUAGAUCUUGCCGAUCCUUUGAAAUUUCAGACCUUCCUUGGGAAAGGGAAAUAUUACGAUGAUUUCUUUGCGUUCUUUCAGAAGGAAAUUGCCGAAAAGGGCGUACCCGACACCGUUAACGAAUACCUUUUCAAAGGAGAUAAUCGAGCGGAAGAUAUGCUGCGUAGAUUCUUUAGUGGAUAUGCUAUUGAAUUUGGCCAGCCGCUUGUCGCCGCUGAGGCGUUGGCCUUGACCGCAGUUCACGAGUCGGGGUUUGGCGAGAUUCUCGAUAUGGUAGAAAAUGCUUCAAAAGAAUCCUCCGAUUCCAAAGGGAUGGUUGAACUGCAACAGGAGAUCUACACCAACCGAAAAAUUCGAAAUACGAUGCAAUACGACCAUGGUGUCUUUCAAAUCCGAGACAACUUGCUCGUUAAUGCAAAGGAGGACUUCUUACGUAUAAUCGGCUCCUGGAAAGUCAGCCUUUAUGAGAUGAAGGAAAAGACCGCAGAGCUGCUUAAUUCUACAAGUAUAGGCGCAGAGUACCCCCAGCUCCUGGAUUGGGCUAACCGGCCAGAGAAGCAGAUCAGAUUCGAUUUCUUCUUGAUGCAUUCUAUCACUGCCGGAUCCUUGUGGCCAGCUCUAAACAGCGCAUCUUGGAUCUCGACAGCGAACAAAUGCCGGUUGCUGGAAUGGAAAGGUCGAUCCGACUUGAUGCUCUAUUGCCAGGCCGGGGCUCCACAGCUAUUUCCGGAGGAAUUGACCUCAUAUCAGCCAAAGAUACCCUCUGGGUGGCCGGGAGUCUUUCAUCGAGCCUGCGAAUAUAAUGACGAUGGGCAUCUUGUGAAAUUUAUUCGUGCGAUCGCCACGGCUGCCGAGGAUAUCAAGUUAUUCUCCUCUUAUCCAAGCUUCGCGAUAAAAUCAAGACACGAGCUUUUGACCAUCGCCCACAUGGUGGUCGACUCAGGCGAAGAGUUUAACCAGAAGACUGCUAAUCGGGAAGCCGAGAUGAUAUGCGCCAAGUACGAAUAUCCCCGACUCAUGUCGCACGAAAUUCAGCGAGUAACUGCCAGAUGGCCUCGACAUGUAGGGUUUGAGGAAUCGUGGUUCCACAUACCGGCACGCAAGCCACGCCACCUGACACAGCUUUAG